GCUCCUCUGCCUCCUGUACGGCGCCCCCCGCCGCCUCCGGCCCCGGGCCCCCGUCCCCGGCGACCUCGUGCUCUCCUCCCUCCCGGUGUGCGACGCGAGGCACUCGGAGCUGAUCCCGUGCCUGGACCGGGGCCUCCACCGCCAGCUCCGCCUCAGGCUCAACGUCCCUCUCAUGGAGCACUACGAGCGCCACUGCCCGCCCGCGCCCCGCCGCCUCAACUGCCUCAUCCCCCUACCCGCCGGCUACCUGGUGCCCAUCAGGUGGCCGAGGAGCCGGGACGAGGUGUGGAGGGCAAAUCUACCCCACACGCACCUUGCCUCGGAGAAGUCAGCCCAGGGGUGGAUGGUGGAGAACGGCGACAAGAUCAGCUUCCCUGGUGUGGGCACCCGCUUUCACCCCGGCGCCCACAAGUACAUUGUGCACCUUGCACAGAUGCUGGAGUUUCCUUAUGGCAAGCUCAACAACCAAGGCAACAUCAGGAAUGUGCUCGAUAUUGGCUGCGGGGUUGCUACCUUCGGGGCCUACCUUCUUGAUCUAGAUAUAAUCGCAAUGUCAAUUGCUCCCAACGAUGUGCAUGAGAACCAAAUUCAGUUCGCCCUUGAGAGGGGGAUACCAUCAACCCUUGGCGUGCUGGCUACAAGGAGGCUGCCAUAUCCGAGCCGCUCAUUCGAGCUGGCGCAUUGCUCCCGUUGUCGAAUUGACUGGUUGCAGAGGGGUGGGCUCUUGCUGCUGGAAGUGGAUAGGCUUUUGAGGCCUGGAGGCUACUUUGUUUAUUCUUCACCAGAGGCUUAUGCUCCCGAUCCAUUGAACAGGAAGAUAUGGAGGCAGAUGAGCAAUCUCGCUCGGAGGAUGUGUUGGAGGAUUGCUUCAAGGAAGGACCAGACAGUGAUAUGGGUCAAACCAUUGGCAAAUUGGUGCUAUAUGAAGAGAUUGCCUGGAGCACUUCCUCCCAUGUGUGGCCAUGGUGAUGACCCAGAUGCUGCUUGGAAUGUCCUCAUGAAAGCAUGCAUAACUCCCUACUCCAAGAGAGUGAACAAGUUUAAAGGAAGCGAACUGCUUCCCUGGCCACAAAGGCUCACAGCACCACCCCCUCGCCUGGAAGAGAUCGGAAUCAGUUCAAAGAAUUUUUCUGAAGACAGCGAAAUUUGGCAUUCUAGAGUUGUUCUCUACUGGAAACUUAUGAAAACUGAGAUACAGAAGGAUUCCUUUAGGAAUGUUAUGGAUAUGAAUGCUAACCUUGGUGGGUUUGCAGCAUCACUGAGGAAAAAGGAUGUCUGGGUAAUGAAUGUAGUCCCUUUCAUGGAAUCUGGAAAACUGAAGAUCAUAUAUGAUCGUGGUUUAAUUGGGACAAUCCAUAAUUGGUGCGAGUCAUUCUCGACCUACCCUCGUACCUACGACCUCCUUCACGCCUGGCUGCUGUUCUCUGAGAUGGUAAAUGAGGGCUGCAGCCUGGAGGAUCUGCUGAUCGAGAUGGACCGCAUCAUGAGGCCUCAUGGGUACGCCAUUAUCAGAGACAAAGCUUCUGUGGUAAACUACAUCAAGAAGCUUCUACCGGCGCUGAGAUGGGAUGACUGGUCCUCUGAGAUGAAACCGAAGAAUGACGCACUUUCGUCAGGUGACGAUGAAAGAGUCCUGAUCGUGAGGAAAAAGCUAUGGGAUCAGGCACUGCAGCCUUUGUAGAAAACAAGCAAAAAAUAGUUCUUGCUCUGAUCUUAAUUAGAUGCCUAACUGCGAUUCCCCAAAUCCUCGGAUGUAUUAUAGUUUUCGACCUUUUCCAUUAGCAGUUUCUCCACCCUUUCGUGCGUACUUUUUCUCUGUGAUGGGACUGUUCAGUCACAGAAGUGUUGGGAGUAUGACAUGCAGACUACAAUGGUUUGGAGUACAUAUGACAUAUAUCGAAAAUGCUGGUCUGCA